CUUUAGACCGCACGUUGUUCCUACGUGAAUGACCUUCUUCACGGCUUUUCGUAAAUGUUAGACAGGGGCAAACAUAACCAAAAAUGAUUAAUGUUCCGAAAACCUCGAUGAUGUCGGCCGUCUCAUUAAUAGUUCCCAAUGUUACGAAACCAGUAGUAAAGUCUGUUGCUCCAAAUGUUGGAAAAUAUCUUGUACCUCCUGCCAAGAAAGCCGCCCUAACAAGUUAUUCAAUGUCACUUCUGACAGGGAAAGGGGCAAUGCGUGUUACUUCAGGAAUCGCAUCUACAGCACAGAUACGACUUGCACACACUGACCUCAGAGUUCCAGAUUUUUCAGAUUAUAGACGUGAUGCCGUGAAAGAUUCUAAUAAAUCAACAAGUGAAUCUGCAUCAUCCAGAAGGGCUUUUACUUACAUGGUUAUUGGAGCUGGUAGUGUAGCCACUGCAUAUGCUGCUAAAAAUGUAGUUACAAUGUUUGUCUCUUCAAUGAGUGCUUCAGCUGAUGUGUUAGCUUUGGCCAAAAUAGAAAUAAAAUUAACAGAUAUUCCUGAAGGAAAGAAUGCCACCUUUAAAUGGCGUGGAAAACCGUUGUUUGUUCGUCAUCGUACAGCUGAAGAAAUUGCAGCAGAACAAGCUGUAGAUUUAAGUCAGUUAAGAGAUGUUCAACAUGACAAUGAUCGUGUCCAGAAAGAAGAGUGGUUAAUUCUUUUGGGCGUCUGUACACAUUUAGGUUGUGUACCUAUUGCUAAUGCUGGUGAUUAUGGUGGAUAUUACUGCCCAUGUCAUGGUUCACAUUAUGAUGCUUCUGGUAGAAUACGAAAAGGUCCAGCUCCACUUAAUUUAGAGAUACCAGAAUACGUCUUUCCUGAUGAAGACACGGUUCUUGUCGGUUGAUUAAUACAAGUAUUAGGACUAUCAAUAAUAAUAGGGACUCAAGCUGUGUGUUUGUUAUAUCUUUAAUUUAAAUCUGGAUAUAUUGCUGUAAAAAAUACUUUUUCGUGGAAAGAAUGCCAAUUUACGUGACUUAAAGGAGUAAGAACAAUGUAAUAAAUACUGUUUCUCUUUCGGUUCAAAAAAAGAAUGCAGUCUGUAGAUUGUGAUUUGUAAAUAAAAUUUUAGCAAUGUU